CAGAAAUGAUGGCAGUGCUCUAUGGAAUUUUCCUUACUGUCGUCUAGAACACUAUGAUGGCCGGAAAAAUCUCUAAAUUUCGUGCUCAUCUCGUAGCAGUUGGCAUGGCUAUUGGCAUCACAACGAUUGCUUAUGGCACUUUUCAAGCUGCUAUGGUGAUUAAGAAAUGGACACAUGCCACUCCUCGGUUACUCCAUGAAGAGAUGGAUUACUUCUUAUACCAUAAAGAGCAGAAAGGUCGGAUGAAGGCACUUGAGGAAGCGAAAGCAAAAUAACUCAGGACUAUAGGAGCUAGUUAUUCCGUGUAAAUGUAUGACACCCAUGAAUAAUCUACAGUUGUAUACGGUGUUAGCUGUUUUUUUUUCACCUUGAAGCAGCAAACAUACGAGUUCCUACUCAUCCAUUCUUCUUCAUCCCCAAAACCUUUUAGGAAACUUUCGAAUGCUGAGUAAAAUGAUCAAGUAUAGUCAAAUAAAUUUUUAUACAUGACAUAUUUAUAACUUUGA